AUGCAAAAACUGACGGAGCGCAUAGACGACCUGAAGCAGAGAAUCGCUGCUUGGGGAAAGCGUAUUCGGCGAUAUAACGAGAGGUCGACACGGUUCAACCAGAAUCGUCUCUUCCAGAGUGAUCAGAAGAAGAGGCUCUAUAAAUCAUUGGAGCGACCAAUGGUAAGUGGAACGGGCCCAGCACCGAAUCAGAUCGACACUGUCGCAUUCUGGCGCAGCCUGUGGUCAGAGCCCGUAAACCACAGUGAGGGCCCUUGGGCGGAAGUUGUGGAGAGUCAGUGUGCGGGUAUUACGACCAUGGACACCGUCAUCAUAACGCCGGAUGACGUAGCUGAGGCGGUCCGUAGGGCCCAGAACUGGAAAAGUCUGGGGCUUGACGGGCUGCAUCACUACUGGCUGAAGGGGUUCAUGGUGUGUCACGCUGUGCUCGCCCGACAGUUUCAAGAGGCUCUCAUUGAAGUCGCUCCCAAGCCUCUUCACUACUGGGAUCACUCAUUUGGUUUCUAA